UUAGUCAGUGUUUUGGUUUGGCUUUUAUAACAUGUCAUCAAGUUUCUAAGUUUGUUUUCAACAUUUGUGGUUGUAAUUAUUUUUCUUGUUAUUUUAAGGGUUACUUGAUGACCUGGGUUCUUAGUAUGAUUAUAGGUAAGGAGCCAGCAGUUUUUCAUCAAUAAUUGUAUAUUAUCUUUUAGGUUUAGCUUGUUUGGUUCAAUUCUGCUGGGUUUUCAUUCGAGUUAAAAAUUUUCCUUUUUUAAUGUCAAUGGAUUCCUUGACAUUUGAUUGCUUGAAUACAAAGCAUGUUGCAUUAUAAUUUGGUUUAGGACACUAUAGUUUUCUUGUAUUGAAAGCGACAUUUUGAUUUUUACGGGCCUGUUCUGGGGGGUUACAACUUACAACUUAUAAUAUUAUGAUUUGCUUAGUUUGGCAUUUUAGAUCAGGCAAUUGGGGUGUGGGAGGAGAAUCACUCAGAAUACCUUUUUUUCUUUUUCUUUUUUAAAAGUUAUUUUUGCAAUUUGAGGUUAUGGAUGUCUGUUAAAAAUGGCCAUAGUUUUGCUGUCCUUUUCUGAAUGGUCCUAGCAUGAAUUUUCCUUGUGCUUGGCAUCAAAUAAGCCAAAUUAAGGCCUCUGUAAUGGGUUUUGAGAUUUCUAUAUAUUAAUCUCCUAGAACAGUGACAAUCAUACUCCUGCUCUUGUCUCUCCGUAUUCAAGGUCAAGGGCCUGUUUUUUUUUUUUUUUGAAACUUCCUAUAUAAGUUUUUUGUACGCUGUCUAUUCCUCGAAUUCUGACUAUGAAAACUAGGAGGGGAAAGCGUUCUGAGGCCUUUUGGCCAUCCAUUGUGAUGAAGAAAUGGUUGAAUAUAAAGCCCAAGGUGUAUGAUUUUAGUGAAGAUGAAGUCGACACUGAAACUGAGAGUGAAGAUGAUGAUUCAAGAUUGCAUGGUAGUGAGGAUCACACCCGUAGGACAUUGGAGAACCAUUCUGAGUGCAGAAACCAAAUUCCAGAUGCACCUUCCAAGGGUUAUCGAUUAGGACACAGGAGGGGAAAGUCGGAAACUCUGCGUGCACAGUACAUAAACACCAAGGAUGUGAGGGUGACAAUAAGCACUUGGAAUGUUGCUGGAAGACUUCCAUCUGAUGAUCUUGAGAUUGAUGAUUGGCUUUGUACGAAAGAGCCAGCUGAUGUUUACAUUAUUGGCUUCCAAGAAGUAGUCCCUUUGAAUGCUGGAAAUGUAUUUGGAGCUGAGGAUAGCAGGCCAAUUCCAAAAUGGGAGGCAAUCAUUAGAAGAACACUGAACAAAUAUUGGGAACCUGAAACCAAGCACAAAUGCUAUAGUGCUCCCCCUUCUCCCGUGUUAAGAACUUCUUCAGUUGCAGAUGCAUUAGCAGAUAAAAUUGAUGCUCUGCCAUCAGAAGUGAUGAUUAAUGAGUAUUUGGAGACUGCUAUUGGCUAUGACUUUGAAGGGAAAGAUUUGAAUAAAGAUGCUACUAUUGGACAAAAUUUACAGCUGAACAGAAUAUAUGGUAUCGAUUUUGACUCUAGGUUAGACUGGCCUGAAUAUCCAUUAGAUGCAACCCCACAAGUUAUCUCUUCAAAUUUGAAACUUCGGAGAGUACUGAGCAGCUCAGCAAGAAUUGGCUUUAAUAUGACAGAGAACUCUAUGUUCUACAGUUCUCAUGAUGUGGUGUUAAAAGAAAGCAUAUUGAAAAGAUCCCACCAUAGCUUUGGAAACCUCAGGUCAACGUGUGUGCAUGAACAACUGGAGCUAGAAACUGUUGAUUCUUCCUCUGAUAUAUCUGAUGAGAAGUCUGAAGAAGAGGAUGACGCUUUCCUAGAAGAACCAGUGGAAGAACAAGACAACAAUAAGGCAAGGUCAACCCCAAAGUACAUUCGAAUAGUUAGUAAGCAGAUGGUUGGUAUAUACAUAUCUAUAUGGGUGAGAAAGAGGCUGAGGAGACAUGUAAACAAUUUAAAGGUCUCUCCUGUUGGAGUUGGUCUUAUGGGCUACAUGGGAAACAAGGGAUCUGUUUCUGUUAGCAUGACACUUUUUCAGUCCAGGCUAUGCUUUGUGUGUUCUCAUUUGACAUCAGGUCAGAAGGAUGGAGCUGAACACAGGCGUAACUCAGAUGUCUAUGAAAUUAUACGACGUACCUGUUUCUCAUCUGUCCUUGAUUCAGAUCAACCACAAACAAUUCCAGCUCAUGAUCAGAUAUUUUGGUUUGGGGAUCUAAAUUAUCGUCUCAACAUGUCGGAUGCGGACAUAAGAAAGCUUGUAGCUCAAAAGCGCUGGAAUGAACUAAUCAACUAUGAUCAGCUUCACAAGGAACUGCGUAGUGGUCAUGUAUUCGAGGGAUGGAAAGAGGGGAUAAUAGACUUUCCUCCUACCUACAAAUACGAAAUGGAUUCUGAUAGAUACAUUGGUGAGAUCCCGAAAGAAGGCGAGAAGAAGAGAUCACCGGCAUGGUGUGAUCGAAUACUCUGGUCAGGGAAAGGCAUAAAACAACUUUCUUAUAAACAAUCAGAUAUAAGACUUUCGGAUCAUCGACCAGUCAGUUCAAUGUUCUUACUUGAUGUUGAAGUCUUGGACCAUAGGAAGUUGCAAAGGGCUCUCAAUGUUAGCACUGCUGCUGUUCAUCCAGUGGUUUCCUUCGAUGAAAAUGGAGAACCGGAAUUUUAACCAUAACCAGGUAAUCGAUCUUAGAAUUAAGGAGUUGCCAAGCAAACCUGUAGUAACUGUGUUGUAACCUUCACUUUUCAUUUAUAUACAAUAUUCAAAUGUAAGAAACAAUAAUGGGAAAGAUCAAUCUCGAGUUUGAACCCAAUGUUUGGUGAUACCUGCCGUAGACCUUUUUUUUCUGCUCGUAAGGUUGCCAACCCGAAUCUUAAUUAAAAAGCAUCCGGCUCUUCUCCAUUUUCCCUCCUGGUUUCCAGAUACACGUGAAGUCCUGAGAUCAUGAAAAUGAACUUGGCAUUCUUCUUGGGUAAUAUUUCAAUUGCUCUUCACUAGAUAGUCCGUGAUGUACAAAUUGCUCUUUCAGUGGCUAGAUUUUACAAAAACAAUUUCUGUUGCUUCUUUACGCUUUUAUGUCUAAUUACAGGCAUUGUUUCUGAAGCAGGAAAUCCAACAACUCAAUGAGAUGAAAGAAAAGGUUACUCCUUCAUGAAACUGGCUCCAAGCUGCCAUGCAAGGGUAUCAAUAAUACAUUACAUAUCAUUCAACAACUGAUAGCAGGAUUAAGUAAUUUGUAAAGGGGGGAGUCAGACUAUUUGGUUGCAUUUAAACAGCUUUAAAACUUGGGUUUGACUGUAUACAUGCUAACAUUCUUUGCUUCUUUUUCCCUUAGCUAGAGUGUCCCAAAAAGCUUAAGUUUUUUUGUUUUUUGUUUUAUCAUCCAUGUCGUAAUAUCAAUCUGUAUAUAAUUAUAAUGUAGCUGUGUUUGAAGGGUGAGUUCUCUAAUUACACAAAAUAAGUUGUAGCA